CGACACACAUGGCUCUGUGCUCUCUAUUUCGGUCUCUCUGGUCUGACCACAUAAUGACAGGCCUUCAGUGUAUUAGAGGACUCGGCCCAUGUGUCCUCUCCCAGUUGCCUCCCUCUUCAUUGGCGCAUAUAAGUGCCGCACUGGGAACGGUGGGGGGGGGGAGCACUGUUGGAACCAGGCACUAGCAUCUGGAGGUCUACAUAAAGGCACCAGUGCACACAGAGCUGGGCUUCUCCUAUCUGAGUGUAGCCAUGGACAACCACUCGUACAACUUUCCCUCUGACUGCACCCCACUCACCAACUGUAAGUCUGCCCGUAAGCCGGCUGGAUCCACUGUGGUCAACAUGGGCAACACCGGCAAGAAUCCUCCCAAAGACUACCUCGUCUGGUCGCUCUGCAACACCUUGUACGUUAACUUCUGCUGCUUGGGAUUCAUGGCGCUUAUCUACUCCAUUAAGGCCAGAGACCAGAAGGCUCAGGGCAACCUGCAGGUGGCUCAGGAAUGUUCAGACAAGGCCAAGUGGUACAACAUCCUGGCAGCCGGCUGGAACCUGCUGAUCCCACUGCUGGCCAUCGUCCUACUGGUCCUUCUGCUGGUCCACCUUGGCUCUUCCAAGGGUUCCUAUGACUUCUUCGGCGAGGACGGCUUCCAGAACUUCAUGAAACUGUUCAGCUGGUAGAUGGUGGCCUAUGAAGACCAUGAGAGAGAAU